AUGUUCGGCCGUGUUUCCCUCGCUUUCGUUGUUGUCUCUGUCGUCGCCUUCUUCUGCGCUCAGUCCGCAGAAGCUGCGAAGGGCCCCAAAAUCACCAAUAUCGUUUACUUUGAUAUCAAGCAUGGCGACAAGGACCUUGGUCGUAUUACCAUGGGUCUCUACGGUGGCACUGUCCCCAAAACAGUGGAGAACUUCCGCGCUCUUGCUACUGGCAAAAACAAAAACGGCGAAGAACUUGGUUAUGGUUACAAAGGCUCCAAAUUCCACCGCGUCAUCAAAGACUUCAUGAUCCAGGGUGGUGAUUUUACUCGUGGCGAUGGAACAGGUGGCAAGUCGAUCUAUGGUGACCGCUUUGCGGACGAAAACUUCAAACUUCGCCACACUGGACCAGGUACACUUUCAAUGGCAAACGCAGGCAAGGAUACCAACGAGAACGUGCCUAAGGGUGGAGGUGAUCGUCCCAAGGAGGAUGUCAUUAUUGCAGACUCUGGAGAGCUUCCUGUUGAGAAAACCAAGGAUGCCGAUGGCAAUGAGGAUAUACCUGGUGGCACACCUGAAGCCCUUAAGACCCCAGUAAAUGCGAAGAUAGAGACUGAAGCAGCCAAUGCAUCAACCCCUGUGUCCACAGAGGCUACUUCUGCGUCGGAGACGGCCAUUAUUCCCCCAGGGACACAAUUUGCUGAUUUAUUUUUCGUCCUCAUUAUCGUUGGAGUUGUUGUGUCUGCCUUUGUCUGGAUAGGAGGUCUGCGAUAUGUUUCCCGAUUUCUUCCCAGCGGCAUGCGAGCUCGCUAUAGUCAAGUCGCCAAUGACGACUUGGUGAAGUAA